GGUUACAUCCAAAACCGUACGGGAUCAACUAGACAAAGAUGAAAUCUGGGCGGCGGCAGCAGCAGAGGCAAGCAGGCAGGGCGACAUCAAGCUGCCCCGGGCACGCAAGUCGUUUGCAGGCUUGGGAGCCGUGAUAAGCGGGCAGGCGAUAGGUGGGGAGGCGAUAAGUGGGCAGGCAAUAAGCGGGCAGGCGAUAGGCGGGCAGGCGAUAAGCGGGCAGACGAUAUGCGGGCAGGUGAUAAGCGGACAGGCGAUAAGCGGGCAAGCGACAAGCGCUAGUCUGGGUGAUGGGGAGUGCACGAUGGAAGGUGGUGCAGCAGGCGAUGCAUGGUGGCAGCAGCAUCUGUUGCUGCUGCAGCAACAGCAGCAGUCCCACAUACCCAUGCACUACCUCUUCAAGUCUCUCGUGCUGUCCACGCGCAUACGAGAGAAGCUACCAGUGCUGUCGCCUGCCUUUGACUUUCUGCAAUCCACCCUGGACAGAUGGUGGGAUGAUGAGAUGGAUAGGUGGUGGGGGGAGGAGAAGAAGAAGAAGCAGCAUGCGCAGUUGGGGGGGAAGGAUCGUGUAGGCGAUAAUCAGCAGCAGCACCAUCAGCGGACGGGGGAGGAUGGGGAGGAGUCAGAGGAGGAGGGUGAUAAGGAGGGAAAGGAGAGAGAAGAGAGAGAAGAAGGCAAGGAGGAAGAGGAGGGAGAGGGGGGAGAGGAGGAAGAGGAGGACGAAGAGGGCGAAGAGGAGGAGGAAGAGGAGGAAAAGGAGGAGGAAGAGGAGGAAGAAGAGGAAGAGGAGGAAGAGGAGGAAAAGGGUGAAGAGGAAGAGGAGGAGGAAGAGGAGGAAGAGGGAGCUACGGAUGAGGGAGGGGAGGAGUCAAAUACAGCAGCGGCACAGGAGGAGGAUGAAUUAGACCUUGCAACGGUGCAAGCACAUGAUUCCGAUGCGGUGAGGCGGGCAGUUAAAAAACUUACUAGUUUCAACUGGGCCGUGGCCUAUGAGGGGCUGGCUGUGGUAUUUGGGAGUAGGGCGGAUAGGAUUGCGUGGGAGGUGGGGGGGGGAUGGGGAGGAGAGGGGUCGAGAGAGAAGGGAGAAUUGGGAGGAGAGGGGAGGGAGGAGGGGUGUGAGGAACAGUAUGGGGCAGCGAGUGAGAGGGGGGCAGCAGAGAAGCGUUAUAUAUCCAUAGGUGAGGAGGGAGAGGAGUGGAGAGGGGAGUGCGUAGAGAGAAAGUAUAGGAGGGAGGAGGAGGAGGAUGGAGAGAGGGAUGGAGAGAGGUACGAAAGAGGAGGAGGAGGAGGAGGAGGAGGAGGAGGAGGAGGAGGAGGAGGAGGAGGAGGAGGAGGAGGAGGAGGAGGAGGAGGAGGAGGAGGAGGGGAGGAAAGACGAGAAGGGAUGGAAAAAGGAGAAGGGAAGGGAGGUGGGAAUGGAGGAGAGGGAGUAAGGAAGGAGGAGGAGUGGGAGGAAUGGGAUAGAGAGUGGGCAAUAGAGGAUGCAGAGAAAGUGGGUCGGUUGCUGGUAGGGGGGAAGAGGAAGCGGGGAGGAAGGGGAGACGGGAAGGGAGUGGAGAACGAGAUGGGUGGUGAGAGUGAUGCGAGAUGCACGAGGAUAAAGAAAGAAGGAAAGGGAGUGAGGCAGGAAGGUAUGUUUGGUUCAAAACUCCCAAGGAAAGAUCCCCGAAAGAAGGAGCCGGCGUUUGAAGCGAAAGGGGAAGGACGUGAGGAAGAAAAUAUUAGUACAGGAAGGCUACAGCUAGGAGCAGGCGGCGGUAUUGGUGUUCAAGGUGCAACUUCUGCUGCAGUUUCAAGGGAGGGAGAAACUUUUGAGAAUUCUCAACAGUUAAGGGCAGGCAAUAUGGGUGCUCAAGGGGUAACUUCUGCUGCUGUUUCAAGGGAGGGAGAAAAGCUGGAAGCAGCAGCGAGUCUGUGGCAGAGGGAUAGUAUUGUGGAUAGUGAGCUCACAGCACCUAGCAAGGCACAGAGGGAGGGAGGAGGGAAGCUGGGAGCAGCAGUGAGGUUGUGGCAGCGGGUGGUACAGCAGUGGGGGGUGUACCGGAGGUGGCUCAAGCUGGUGGCGCUGCAUUGCCCCAACCUGCAGUUUGAAGUGAUGAUUGAACGCGCCAGGUCGAACCACCACUCGGCUACACCGACAGUCUAUGACAAGGGGGUCAUCAGCUUCAGGAGCAAUGUGCUUUUAGCCUUUGGCCUGCGCCGCCGCUUUCAAGAGUCUCUCCUUCUUCUCAUCGACGCCGCUCACACUGCUUUCUACGCCCCAACGCACGGCACUUCCGCUUCAAGUGCUGCUGCAAUAGUCCCUGACACAGCGCACCUGGUUCCACUGCUAAAGCAGAUUAAGCAUCUCUUUCAAGAGCUGGAUGUGGCUGAUGAUGCCACCCUCCCCCCCAUCACGCACACCCAGACCAAGUUUAGGCGCUGCUUCUCCACCCUGCUUAAAAAAGAGCUGCCGCCUGGACUUUUAACUAAGCGCCGAGCCUCUGCC